UCCGUCCCUCCCCGCAGCGCCCCUGCGCGGCGGCGGCGGCGGCGCGGCCCGGCCGGGGGGGCGGGAGGUGCGCGGAGCCGCCGCCCGCAGCAGCCGCGGCGGCAGGGAAGGGGCUGCGAUGCUCCCGGCCGAGCGCCCCCCCGGAGCCGCCCCCGGCCGAGAUGAGUAAUGAAAGACUUAUUUCCUUGUCCCUUCUACUUGGAAUAAAGUGCAGACGUGGAAAAAAAGUACUUAUCAUAGAAUGAUAUAAUAUCCUGAGUUGGAAGGAACUCAGUAGGAUCAUCCUGUCCAGCUUCAAAUUCAUAGAGCAGGGUAGCCCUAGUUCCUUGAGAGUCCACCAGAUAGUGGAUGGUCGUGGUAAACCAUGGCAGCUGAUGAUAAGGUGGCUAUUCUAACCGAUGAUGAAGAAGAACAGAAGAGGAAGUAUGUGCUUGCUGAUCCUUUCAAUGGCAUUUCCAAGGAUCAAGGCUUGCCACCCAGUAAUGAAUCCCCCUCGACAGAGACAACCACUGUCCCAGAUGAAGAGCUGGACUGGUUAGAAAAGCACUGUGUUAAAAUAAACAACGAUCUUCUGAUCUCCAAGGUCUUUUAUUUUUUCUUCUAUUCUGCAUAUGGCUCUCUCUACCCCUUGCUGCCCGUGUACUACAAGCAGCUGGGUAUGACACCCGGCCAGAGUGGACUUCUGGUGGGCAUCAGGUACUUUAUUGAGUUUUGCAGCGCUCCCUUCUGGGGAGUGGUGGCAGAUCGCUUCAAGAAAGGCAAGAUUGUCCUCCUGUUUUCGCUUUUAUGCUGGGUUUUGUUUAACCUGGGCAUUGGAUUUGUGAGACCAGCCACCUUAAGAUGUGUACCAAAGGGCCUUCCCCCAGCACAUCCCACCAACGCAAGCAGCCUUUUAACAACAAUUCCGCAAAACACCUCCAUGUCUUCUCCACUAACCACAGUGAGUGCUGCAUCCCCAAAAGUCCAUGUGAGGAGAGACCUGGUCACUUCCAGUCCGGUCACUUUGGAAACAACAGGGACACCUAAUCCUGAAAUAACAUUCCUGGUACCUACACAGAGCAAUGAUGAGGUCUUUACCUUGGAAAAUAGUACCCAUUUGAUUUUAAAAAGCACCACCACUAGCCCAGUCUCGCCAGGGAACACAACACCGAGCACCACCCCAGCUUCCAUUAGCACAAAGCCAAUGCCUUCUGACCAAGCUGUGCUUGUUUAUGAUCAACAAGAAGUAGAGGCCAUCUUCCUACUCAUUCUACUGGUUGUCAUAAUAGGAGAAUUUUUCAGUGCUUCCUCUGUUACCAUCGUGGACACCAUAACUCUGCAGUACCUCGGCAAACACAGGGACCGGUAUGGAUUGCAGCGUAUGUGGGGGUCUCUGGGCUGGGGGCUGGCCAUGCUCUCCGUGGGGAUUGGCAUUGACUAUACUCACACAGAAGUCACCGUUGAAGGUCAAGGAUGUAAAGCUCCAGAGUACAAGAACUACAGGAUUGUUUUCAUUGUUUUUGGUGUCCUCAUGACAAUGGCGUUAAUUGUGGCCACCCAGUUUCGAUUUCAUUACGCGCACUUCAAGCAAGAUGAAAAUAAGAGAAAAGAGGUAGAGAUCUCACAGGUGGACAGAAAUGCCUCCAAUGAAUCUUCAGAUAACACUCCUACCAGUAUGAGCCAGUCUCAGUCUUUCAGUUUUUGGGACCUAAUUAAACUGCUAUGCAGUAUCCAGUACGGUUCCGUGCUCUUUGUGGCCUGGUUCAUGGGGUUUGGAUAUGGCUUUGUGUUCACCUUUCUGUACUGGCACUUGGAAGACCUGAAUGGCACCACCACUCUCUUUGGAGUUUGUUCUGUUCUCAGUCAUGUGUCUGAGCUGACUGCCUACUUCUUCAGCCACAAACUCAUUGAAUUGGUUGGUCACAUCAGGGUGCUUUAUAUUGGCCUUGCCUGUAAUACAGCACGAUACAUCUACAUCUCAUAUCUGGAAAAUGCCUGGACUGUUCUUCCGAUGGAAGUGCUUCAAGGUGUCACACACGCAGCGAUCUGGGCAGCGUGCAUCUCGUACCUGAGCGCGGCAGUGCCGCCGGAGCUGAGGACGUCGGCGCAGGGGAUACUGCAAGGUCUCCACCUGGGGCUGGGCAGGGGAUGUGGAGCCAUGGUUGGAGGUGUUCUGGUCAAUUAUUUCGGUCCUGCUGCCACAUUCAGAGGAAUAGGGAUGGCUUGUUUAGUGAUUCUGCUUCUGUUUGCACUGAUCCAGUGGAUGUUGGUUCCUGAUGAAGAAGAAGAAAAGACAAUGCUGGCGGAAAGGAUUCCAGUGCCUUCCAGUCCUGUUCCCAUAGCAACUAUUGACCUUGUACAACAGCAGUCGGAAGAUAUCAUGCCUCGGACUGAGCCCAGACUCCCUCUAAAGAAAACUAAACACCAAGAAGAGCAAGAGGAUGUGAACAAGCCUGCCUGGGGUAUCAGUUCUUCUCCGUGGGUCACUUUAGCUUAUGCUGUCUACCAGAUAAAAGAGAUGGUUAAACUAUCCAAAACCAAUCCAGCUCCUGAGAAUCAGCCUUUACAGAAAACCAAUGAGAAUUGCAGUGCUUCAUCAGCCAGCUCAGCAAGACAACCCCAAAAUCCGACAGAUUCUGAGCAGUCCAGAAAUUGUUCGGCACCAACACCUCCAGCACCGUCGGAUUCCCAAGCAGAUGGCAACCGCGCGGUGUCGGAUCACGAUGCUCAGCCUGCUGCUGCAGGGCCCUGACAUGUGCUCAUCUUACCAAAUCCAGUGCAUGGAAUUCUGCUUCUCACCUGGGAAACGCUGGAGUAGGAGCUCAAAAGUAGGACUUCUUUCAUCUUAACAAUCAUAAUGCCAUGCAGUGCAAGCUUUUAACUAUAUAAAGAAUAUUCAUAUGACUACACAGAGCAAUGUGAGCAGGGAAGCCAAAAGUUGGGAUUCUUGAGGGAAGUGAUGUGGCCAGAUGUAAUGGUAGGAAGACUUCUCAGCUGCUUUGCUAAAGCUGAGUCGAGUGCGUUGAGAUUCCUUUGCCAUCUGUGGAAGAAAGGGAGUUCACUCCUCAUUCGUUGAGGCACAGCGUGUCUGACUUGAUUGGAUUUUUUUUUCCUUCAAAUUUAUUUCCAAAUCAAAAUUAAAAGACUUUUUAAGAGAGACUGAGUUUCCCUGAAUAGUCUAUUAGAAAAUACCAGAUCUAAUAAUUGUAGGAAUGUCAUGAAACUGUCUCUGGAAAGAUUUCUCAGAAACAAAGUAGUUUAAGGAAGUGUGUCUUAUAUUAUGGAUUAAGUAAACCACAUGCAUAUUCAAAGAAUAUGUUUUUGAAGCUAAUGUUCUUUUCUUUGAGAUAAAAGUUUAGUUCUGCAAAGCAAAGGUUUUGAACUGCCAUUUUAGUGCACCACAAAAGCUGGAGGAAGGCUUCUGAAGAAGUUCCCCUCUGUGCUUGCAGCCCUGCAGCUGGGCAUAAGGUUGUGUCCGUUUGGGUAAUUUUAGGUUUGGUGUUGUAUUGAGACAAGAAUCUUUGAUCAAGUUUGCACAGCCUGAGAUUGAUCAAUGGUCUUUUUGGGUUUUUUAUUUCAUUAUCUAUACAAGGGUUUAUUUAAUGCAGUGUACUUAACAUGGUUAUUUAUUAAGAAAACGGUAAGCUUUAAGUGCCUGGGGGAGGUGGGGAGUAGGGAGGAAUCACCUAAAAAUCUUAAUGUUUAGGAUUAUAGGGGCGAAGUAGUGGGUGCAGAAAUCAAGUAGAGUGAGAGAUUCUCAGGAGAAAGAAAAUGUAACUCAACUGCAAUAUGUUUAGGAAGUUACUUUGCCCUAUGUCAAGACACUGGAGGACUUUGGAUUAUUAUGUUUUGUUAUGCUUCUUAAUACUGUCUGCAGCCAGCUCGUGCUGGUGCAUGGUGAAAAUUGCUGCUGGAGAGAAGUCCUCGGGCUCAGGGAGGAGUCGGGGAGGUUUAGUCAGGACAGAGUUUCGGCCCAUUCUCUUAGCUGAACAGCUUGUUCCCGGAACUGCUGAGCACUCUGCUCCCGUGGGACCGGGAGGGAGGCGAGAUGUGCGCGAGGUGCGAGGCAAGGCCAACAGGAGCCCAGAGUCAGGGACAGCAAGGUGGCAGCAGCUGAGCAGGGAAGGGGGUGCACAGGUUUACCCACUUUGACAUCUGUUAGCUUGACUGAAGGGGUGUCCUGUAGCUGUGCUUUAGCUGUGCUUUUAGAACCCACGUUCUGGCAGUGCCUGGGACCAACACCAUAGACAAUAAACAUCAAUGACUAGCCACUAAUUACUUUUUUUGCACUUGAACUUAAAUGUACUGUACUCACAUAAAUCCUCAUGACUUGUCUAAGUGUCCUUUAAAAUCAGAAAUGUAUUUAUUGUAUGUUUGUAUAACUUGGGGGAGAACUAAAGACUGAACAGGUGACAGGACAGAAGGAUGCUACAAAUCAUCUUGAGGCUAACCAACCAUUUGUUGAGUUCAUGCUGUAUGGUGUUACCUCAGCUGCUGCUGCAUAGCACCUGGAUUGUGAAGAGCUUGUACACUGUGUUUACACUUCAGAAUUGUGUAUUUGAAAUGCCUGCUCUUUUUGGAAUUGUAUAGUCAUUCUAUGUUGCAAAAUGGACAUGUACACCUGGAUUUUGAUAUUUGUGAAACUGUAAAAACUGUGGUAACAAAUAUAAAAUAUCCAUAACAUA